CUUCUGCAUCUGGCCACCCCGCAGGAUCUCACUUCAUCAAUAGUAAACCUAACAAAAUAAUUAACAUUGAUUAUUGAUGCCUUAUCUGAUAAUACAGUAGAACUGAGUUGCCAUAGCACCACCUUCUGGAUUUGUGAAAUUCAUAUCUUUUAAUCCUAAAUCUUGUCACAAGCAUGUCCCUAAUCUAGAGAUCACUUCUUCAAGCAUAUACCUAAUCUACAUCAACAUUACUCCACCUUCCACUUUCAAUGCUUAUCAUCUGGUCCACAUUGUCUAAUCCCAGUAGUUGUUGACAAUAUGAAAGAUAUGAAUCAUCUGGCACCUAAUUGAGUAGUUGGAAGACAAAACCAUGUGUGAUGUGCCUUCAUGAGCUAAGACCCCCAGCAGACACAAGCAAAUGGCUCUCAGCCAGAGACUCAUAGUUUGCAGGAUAGCCCACAGGAAUCACUACUUUUAUAUAUACCUACUAAUACUGAUCUCAAACAACUCAAGCAUCCAAAUUUUCUGGUGAUAGCUUUUCCACAAACCCAAAAAGAAAACAGCUCAAGAAACAGAUAAUGGGUGUUAAUUUGCCUGGUGUUUUUGCUAAGCAAAUCUUCAGACAGUCUUUAUUUCCUGUAAGAAAAGCAUCUUCAACUUCAUUAGAUGUACAAAAAGGAUUCAUGGCAGUUUAUGUUGGGGAGGCCAAGAAGAAGAGAUUUCUGGUGCCAGUGUCCUACUUGAAUCAUUCUUCGUUUCAAGAUUUGCUUAUCCUGGCUGAAGAGGAGUUUGGUUUCGAUCAUCCAAUGGGUGGCUUGACAAUUCCCUGCAGAGAGGAUAUUUUCAAUGCUGUCAUUUCCAACUUGAGUAGAUCACAAGGAAAGGCAUUUUGAUUCUGUACGGCGGCAAUUGCCAAAUUCAAAUUGUAAAUACGUGUAGUUACAGGACUGAACAAUUUUGCCUAAGGAGAAAAAUUAUUAUAUACAAAUUGUUGUUUUUUCCUUCUCA